CAACUAAGAGCGGCAAGAAUCAACAAGAAUGAUUUUGAGGUCAUUCGGCCUCUUGCCAAUGGGCUCUUUGGCAUAGUCUCUGUAGUCCGCAGUAAACUAGACGGUAAUGUAUAUGCGAUGAAAGUUCUUAGUAAAGAUCCACUAUUACAACAGCAACAAAAGGCAUUCUCAAUGGAAGAACGCUUAGUCUUGUCACACCCAGACGCAAACCAUUGGAUGCCUGUCCUCCACGCCGCCUUCCAAGAUGUGGAUAAUCUUUAUCUGGUAAUGGAAUAUGCCGGUGGAGGCGAUCUUUUCAGUGUACUCGAUCGUAAAGAAAAUCUUUGCCUUAAUGAAGAUGAAGCGAGGUUCUAUAUGGCCGAGACAAUCCUGGCUGUUGAUAGCUUGCAUGCAUUGGGAUACGUUCAUCGGGAUAUUAAGCCCCAAAAUAUUCUUAUUGAUAAUAGUGGGCAUGUCAAACUAGCAGACUUUGGAUCGUGUAUUAGAAUCGAUCACUGCUCAAAGAUCCCACCGACAACACCAGUUGGAACAUGCGAUUACGUUUCUCCCGAAGUACUCGAAUCACAACAGGGCAAUGUUACUUACGGUACAGAAGUUGAUUGGUGGUCUGUGGGCAUUGUUUUGUACGAGGUCCUUCAAGAAAACCCGCCAUUUUAUUCGCGAGAUAGCGAGAGCGAGACCUAUCGGAAGAUUAUUUUUCAUCAAUCUUCUCUAAAGUUCAACGAUGACAUUCCGAUCUCCGAGGAAGCGAAAGAUCUUAUUUGCAAGCUAUUGUGCAAAAAGGAGGAUCGUUUAGGGAAAAAUGGAAUCCAAGAAAUACAACACCAUCCUUUCUUUAAAGGAAUCGAUUGGGAGAAUAUAAGAGGAGCCACACCGCCUUUUCUUCCCGUUCUAUCUUCACCAGAUGACACAUCUAAUUUCUCGGUCCCUGAAGAAGACACGGUUCCGACUAUAACUAGCGAGCAGACUAAUAAUACUGGCGUAUAUGAAGGACGAAGUCUUCCAUUUAUUGGAUACACAUAU